AAAAGGAGAUGAUUUCAGAAUAUCAUCUACCAUAGCAUCCAUCCUUUACCCUCUUUUACUUUAUCCUAAUCCCCUCUAAAAUAAAUAUUAUUCCUCCUCUCCCCUCAACAACACCACCACAAAGUUCCUUUCCUCAAGUUUUCCCUCGUGAGGGAUACCUCUCCGCCCACAAUUCUACCACGAAAGCAGUGGAUAAUUUAAUAAUUAAGAUUCCAUUUCCCCUAGUCCUAAAGUUUAAACCAUUUCAAGACUAGAGAGCAAGCUAAGGGUAAGGAAUCAUGGAAUAACUCCAGGGAAGCGAUUCCUUUGCCUGUCAGCCUUCUUAAUAUGAAGCUUUUCUCGUCGUCCAAAGUAGCAACCUGUACUCCUUUUAAAGCAAGCGAUGGCAGCAGCAGUUGGGAGAGCUAUCGAUUCCUUUUUCUCCACUAUAUACUAUUCUGUACGUUAUCCGACGAGCAACCAUCACAGGAGCAGCAACAGCAGCAAGGCUUACUAUUAUACCAGCAAUCACAAUACACCGGAUACUUAUUUUUUUGAAGCAAACUACAGCAACAACAAGAACAUGGGAAGGGGUAGGCCUCUCUCUUUGCAGAUUGUAGAGUUGAAGGUGAGGAUGUGUUGCACUGGCUGCGAGAGGGUUGUCAGAAAUGCCAUCCAAAAGCUCAGAGGCGUUGAUUCCGUGGAAGUGGAGCUGGAAAAGGAGAAAGUGACCGUAACUGGGUACGUCGACCGCAACAAAGUGCUCAAAGAGGUGCGUAGGAGCGGCAAAAAAGCAGAAUUCUGGCCAAAUCCUGACCUCCCCCUGUACUUCACCUCGAAGGAGAACUACUUCAGAGACGAGGAAUCGUUCAGGGACAGCUACAAUUACUGGAGGCACGGGUACAACGGUGAUCUGCACGGGCACAUGCACGCGUCCCACCGCGGUGAGGACAGGGUCAGCAACAUGUUCAAUGAUGAUGACGUCAACGCAUGCUCUAUUAUGUAACUAACGUGUAGAAUGUGUGAUGAUUAUGUUUGUUUCUGUGGGUUUGUGUAGUGUGGAGUGAUGGUCAUGAGUGUUCAUGUUGGUGCCUUGUGGAAAUUGGAAGUUGGAAUGUACGUGUGACUAUGUGAGUGUACUUGCGUUUAAAAAGUAAAAAAAAAAAAAGUGU